AUGUCUGGCAGAGGCAAAGGCGGGAAAGGGCUCGGCAAAGGAGGUGCCAAGCGCCACCGCAAAGUGCUGCGCGACAACAUCCAGGGCAUCACCAAGCCCGCCAUCCGUCGCCUGGCUCGGCGCGGCGGUGUCAAGCGUAUUUCUGGCCUCAUCUACGAAGAGACCCGUGGAGUGCUGAAGGUCUUCCUGGAGAACGUGAUCCGCGAUGCUGUCACUUACACUGAGCACGCCAAAAGGAAGACUGUGACAGCUAUGGACGUGGUCUAUGCACUCAAGCGGCAGGGACGUACCCUGUACGGCUUCGGCGGUUAAAGCUUUUUGCUCCCACACCAUCUCGAGAAUCCAAAGGCUCUUUUAAGAGCCACAUACAUUUUCCGUAGAAGAGCUGUUGGCACUGUUUUAUUG